CUGAACCACAUUAUUUAGACAAGGAUUGCCGGCAAGUCUGAAUCCAAUAGAUUGUUGGGAUUUCUAACUAAAUCGCCAUGAGCGGAAAUAUCUUUCGAAUUUACGGCAGCCGCUAUAUCUCGGUGCUGAGCCGUGUUUGGGCAGGAAACUCACAAGCUGUAAAAAGUUCCGAAGAAGCGCUCAGGAAAAUACUGGAGGUCAAAUUUCCCCAGGCAAAGAACAUCGUAGUCAGUGAUAUCUCGGGUGGAUGUGGCUCAAUGUACGAAAUUUUUGUGGAGACAACAGAAUUCAAAGGCCUGUCUACCGUCAAGCAGCACCGACUAAUAACGGAAACUCUGAAGAAUGAAAUUAAAACCAUGCACGGCCUGCGGAUACAUACUUCUGUUGUUGAUUAGAAGAUCAGAUGAUAGCCUCAGUUUUAGAAUGUUUAUAGUUUAGAAUGAUAGUUUCAGAAUGCAACAAUAAGAACGUAGUGUAGAGAAUAGCA